GCUGGCAGACUCCCGUAGCGCGGCAGGGGGCAACACGUGACCCCAACGCCAACGCCCAUGUGUUCAAAGUAAACAGACACGCUUGUCAUCUCGUCGCUCUAAUACUCUCCUUAUUUUCUGAUGAGGCCCUAUACACCCUGAGGCACACAAACGUACAUCAUAUUUUGGUUUGUGGAUAAACACACCUCGCACAUCCAUUAAACGCUCAAAUUUACUCAUGGUUAUCACUGGUGUCUUCUUGUUUCACAGGACGAUCAGCGAAACACACCACGCUUCGGAGAACUUCAGUGGGCUGAAGUUGGACGUGCGAGACGCAUUCUUUCUGACUUCACUGGACAAUCCUACACAUGCAUCUCGAUGAUGGCGCACAUCCGGUGUAGCCAAGGACUUUACACCCUGCUAGGACUCCUCUUCCUGGCGCUGGAGGGACGCGCCUCCUUCGCCUUGGGCAGUCCUAGGGAGCAGAUCCUGGUGUGGGGGGAUCUUCGGGAGGAGGUGGAGCUUGUGACCAAGUAUAAGGCGUCUUGCUCGCCGAAGGACUUCCAGUGCUGGCACGACGGCAAGGAGCGGCCUGUGGAGGAUGACAGGAGUCUUAAGUCUUCCAGAGACAUUUUCAGACUAUGCUAUUGUGACGACGACUGCAUUCGUUACGGCGACUGCUGCCUGGACAAAGCUGAAGCAGACUGGGGAGACGGCAGAGAGGAAGGGAGUGGGAGGUUCAGCUGCAGGAAGAUACAUUACUUGGAUUCAGAGCUUGGCAUCCUCAUGAUAGACAACUGCUUACCAGCUUACCAGGGACACCCAUUUGAGAGGAUGUGCCUCCAGAACGUGACAAGAGAAGCCUACACGUUUGUACUGGAUGUAGCCGUCACCUCCAGGGCUACCAACAUCACUUACGCAAAUUAUUACUGCGCCCUUUGCAACGAUGACGCCUCAGACUUGCAUAACUGGACUAUCAAUAUCAUCUGCAACACGCAAGAGAUCCUGAAGGACUUCUCGAAGGUAGAGUUCAUGAGCAAGGCGACCUACUACCCAGGACGCCGCGAGUGGAAGCGUUUCACGUACAAGAGCGAGGAGGAUGAACAGAAGGGCAUCUAUGAAGAGACACACACCUGCUCUUGCCAGAUUAACGAAUUUAAGAGCGCAGAAGAUUUCGCCGGGCGCUUCGGCGGCAGACCGUGCAUCUACCCGAAGAAGGAAAUCAUCGGCGACGAUCAAAACUCGCCCAAGGAUCUAGAAAUUCCUCAAACAAUCUUUGACCACAAAGAAAAGGAUCUCAGAGACCGCUCGAGGCUUAGAGUACGGUUAGGUCUGACCAUAAUGCUGGUAAUUACUCACCAUCUGGUUCCAGAUAUGUAUUGUAAUGUGUGGAAAGGAUCCUUUGCAAUACUCCCUGAAAGUGAAACUCAACAACCCCUUCAACGCGUUUUUCUCCUCUGUCAGCAGGUACGUCGUUGUCAUCCUGACUGGCCUGACCGCAUAGACUUCGAGAAAUGUCAACGUUACUCUCUUAUGAUGACCUACGGAAGCACAGAAAACAGCGUGACGUAUAAAAACCCUCACUGCGCCAGUUGUAACUUCGCCAAUGUCUCCCAAGGCGACCUUCAGUGCCUCCAGCCAGGAAAAAGGCGGCUAGUUGUUUACUACCACAACAUCCCGCCCUGCUUCAGCGUCCUCAUGGACUUCCGGGGCGGCCGCUGCGACGAGGCCACGGAGCUGUGGGAUCCGGUCCUCGAGAUGUGCCACAAGAUCCACUGCGGCCACCUGUUCCGGCUGGUGGGCGGGCGGUGCGAGAGGGACCUCGAGGCCUACGGGUCGCUCUCCAACUCGACCCUCCUGGACAGUGCGUGCCCCAAGAGGCUCCUCAACCUGACGGAGUAUGCGCCCCGAAGCGACGGCUCCAUCUUCGUCAACGCCUCCAAGAAGAUCUACGCCAAGGGGGAGUUCGAGCUCACCAACGACACGCAGGUCCUCGUCUGCCACGACGCGAGCCACUACGCCGACGCCUUCAGCACCGCCCACCAGUACCUGACGCUGGUCGUGCUGAGCGUCUCCCUCGUGGCUCUGGCGCUCCACAUGGCCGUCUUCAUGCUCGUCCCGCGACACAGGAACCUGCCGGGGAAGAACCUGUUCUCGCUCUCGUGCUGCCUCUUCGUCGCCCACGUCCUGUUCCUGGCGGGGACGAGGGAGACGGACGUGUACGGCCUGUGCGUGUUCCUGUCGUGCAGCCUGCACUACUUCUGGCUCGCCUCCUUCUGCUGGAUGAACGUGAUGAGCGUGGACGUGUGUCGCACCUUCAGCAGCCAGCUCUACCGCGGCGACUCCGACGGCGGCCGGACCUUCCUCCUCUACUCGCUCUACGCCUGGACGGUCCCCGCGCUCGUGGUGUCGCUCGCGCUCCUGCUGGACUGGGUCGACCUCCUGCCGGACUACCGGCCGGAGUAUGCAACGAGGCUCUGCUGGAUCAACAACCGCCACGGCCUGGCGCUCUUCUUCCUCCUACCGGUGGGCGCCAUCGUGCAGGAGAACGUCGUGCUCUUCAUCAUCUCGGCGUAUGGCAUCUGCAGGCAAAUGAAGGCUGCGCGCUACGCCAACGUGAGAUCCCAGAGCACCAAGGAGGGACAAAAGAAAACAAAAACCGGCUUUUCGAGCCAGCUGACACAGACUCGCCACGCCAAGAAGGAGCGAGUGAGACUUCUGCUUUAUGUGAAGUUAGGAGUCAUCCAAGGUCUCACGUGGCUCACCGGAUUCAUAGCGGCGUUCGCGGAUAUCCCCGCAUGCUGGUAUCCGUUCACGGUUCUCAACGGCCUGCAGGGAGCCUUGAUCUUCAUCCUUUUCGACAUGAAGCGAAAGGCAAAGAUACUGUCUGUUUGUCAGAUUUCAGUCGUCUUUGACUCAAUUUUCCUGUCCCUUUAUAUGUAUAUAUGGAAUGUUGUAUGCGUCAUUAUAGUUGUCUUAUGGUCUAUGCAUCUACCUGUCUAA